AUCAGGGACCAAUUUUCGCAUUUGAGUCGAUUCGCUGUUUGGAUUUCGGAAUAGACUACGGAGAAGAAAGAAGAGUUCGCAGUUUGCGCCGCUUAUUCGUCAAAUUAUGACGUGUGACACUCGCAACGGCGAUACUUUUGAUUCGGCACAAGGAGGCGAAAGGCGAGACAACGAUGCCCGAUAAUUGGACGCAUUCGGUCAGCGUUUUCGAUUUGAGCGUUCAAAUAAGCUCUUACACCUCCGUACAAGCCUGGUGGACGCAAAUGGAUCACAACGUGGACGAAGAAGCGACCAACGGUGGCGAUCAUAUGUAUCGCUAUCAUCGUGAAUUCACGAUGAAGCAGCCAGAAAUGAGCGGAGAUUCGCCUUCGUCUUCGCCCGCUUUACACGUAUCGUCGCCAGUGCCCGAUACGAAGUCGACGACCGUGUUUUUUAGCAGCGCAGCAGGCAAAGAUGACGAAGGCGAAAAAGUAAUUCGCAGGUCGUCUUCUUUGAGAGUGCACAAAGAAUGCACGUCGACGACACCGGCGCAAAAAAAGAUUGUCAGAUUCGCCGAUGUUCUAGGUUUAGAUUUGGCGAGCGUUCGCACGUUUCUGGAUGAAUUGCCGAAUGUGCCAAAUUCCGCGUACGGUUACCACGAAGAAGACGCGGACAAGAGUCCGUCGAGGCCACCAGCAUCACUGCUGCGAAAAAGCGACUCUGAGUCGUCGCUGCCGUUGCCAUUACCAUUACCAUCCGAGUCGUACGUUUGCGAAACCAAAUCACUCUUACCUCUGUUCAAAUCGCCGAUCGAGUGGCACGAUUUGGUCAAUCGGAUUCGCGACAAUCGCAUUUGUCUGCAGUCGGUUUCGGUCCACGAUACGCCCGUGUGCCAUUUAAAAGGUCGAAUAAAAGUACAAAACUUGGAUUAUCGCAAAAACGUUUACGUACGUUACACGUUGGAUGGAUGGAAAACGUACGACGAAGUGCAAGCCUCUUAUUUACCGCCGUCCGAGUCCAACGACAACGAUAACAACGUCCAUCUAGGCCUUCAUCAACUGCUGUUGGACGAAUUCACUUUCGUCAUUUACAUUUACAACGUUGUCGCUGUUGGCCAAAAAGUCGAAUUCGCCAUCAGGUACCUUUGCCGCGAUUCCGAACAUUGGGAUAACAACUACGGCCAUAAUUACACGUUUCAGUGCUGUCUCGAUACUCCUGCGUUACCGUCCUACUUUCAUUGUAACGCUAACGCCAAUAUUUCACCAUCUGCAUCUUGUACAGAUAAUUUUCAUUCAUUUUACUGAUGGCUGCAGAUGGCUGACGAUGACGGUAGUGACGGUGUGAUGAGUGAUGUGAAAUUGAAAAAUGAAAUACAUAAGUAGGUGCGA